UCAGACCUUCUCUUUAGAACGCUAGUGUACAACACGUGUAUUGGACGGUUUCUGGUAGCUGCAGCAGAAUAGACUACAGAAUAUUAACGUGAAUAACGUGAUCUAGUUACAACAUAUGCUGAUUUAUGGCGCUGUUUUAUACAAAUGUAACCGGUUAUGAGUAAAGUUUCACUUCCUGGUGUGUGACUUGAAACUGCCACUUUAUGAGGCGAGUGUAUUAAACCAACGCUAUAUCAUGUCUUCACCUGUGGGUGAAGCGAUCAGACUCUGCAGAGACGAGGAGCUGAAACUAACCCAAACUAUCCGACAAUAUAAAGACAUUUUACGGUCCAUGAAAACACGUGUGAAAGACAGCAGUGAAGCAGAAACGCCGACCAGCGUGAACCAUCAUGACGUUCCUCUGGAAGAGAGACAAGAGGUUGAGCUCCUAGAACAAGCUCUGAAAAAGGCUUUCAAAAUCCGCAGCAACUCUGCAGUUGGCUCGAAUUACCAAGAAAAAACAUUUUCAGGUAGCAGCGCUAGAAAUGCUCCUGCUGUUAAUGACAGUGGUAAAAGAAACCCACAAAAAUCCUCAUUGACCUUUGAGGUGAAAGGAAGCUGUCAGCGUGGAGAACAAUUAAAACGCAGUGCUGCCUGUGGAGACAGUGCUGCACGGCAGGAUCUGGGCAAAACAGUGCCUUCAUCUCGGCCUACAAUCAAAGGGAAGCAGUCGGGAAUAAAACCUUUUUCGACGCAGAAAACUACAAGAGUCAAUGUCCAGAUAAAGCCCUGCCAGAUGACCAGAUCUUCCCUAGACAGAGGUGUGAAGAAUACCAGUGUAUCUUCUUCAGAAGAGAGAACUUCUUCAGAUCAACAGAUAAAAAUGCAAAGUGUAACAUCAUCUCCUAAAGAGCAAUGGGUGCCCUCUCCUUUCUUACCAUCAUGGCAGACACAACGAGCCAAAAAGAACAAGCUGUGGAAUAAAGUUUUGACCAGACAUUCUAAGGCUGUACCAGAGAGAGACCACUUCAAGAAGAGACUUAUUAGUACUUUUCCCACAGAAUGGGCUUCUGUCCACAAAGCAACCAUGGAAGCAGAGCUGGAUGUCCUUACGCAGCUAGGGCUGGACCUGACUCACUGCUAUAACGCAGAGCUCCAAAGCCACCAAAUGGGAUGGAGUCCAGAACCAUCCACAGAGAAGGAAUAUGAAUCUCUACUAAUGCUGGCAGGCCUGGAAAAAAUGAUGGGCCUGGUCAUUAAGGAAGCUGGUCGCCUCAAAAAAGAUUGGGAGAGGAAUAUGGCAUGGUGGCAUGGGGCAUUGUGUCCACUGCGCAGCAGGGUUGAGUGGCACCUCUCAGGGCAACCCUGCCUGCCCCCAUUACUGGCCUAUAGCAGCAAAGUAGAGCUAGAAGAUCUGCACAGCCUGAGACUACAGGUAGCUCAGCUGAAGCUGGAGAUCCACAUGCACCAGGCCAUGUGUGAUGCACUCCUAGAUCUGAUCAGUGAUUCCUCCUCCUCUUCUGGGCACCUCAGUGCUACAGCCCUACGUGGUGUGUAUUCACUUCUGGGAGAGGGAGGUGCUCAGUUUCCGAGCCUGGUUUUGGACAUCGAUUCAGCUCAAACAUAAAGACCGCAUUCAUUUUCACAUCGAGUGGACAAAGUGAUGACCCUGGACUGAUUUAGGCCCUAUGCACUGAUUGGAUACUGUGCUCCUACACCAGACACGAGCAGGAUUUUUUUGCUGUAUGUGUUUGACAGAUGUCUACUCAAAUGCCUCUUAUCUGCUGUGUUAAAUACUGACAGCCAAGAGCCUGCAGCUGCUUGGCUGUAGCAGGGAUAAAUCUGCCAGCUGCAGUUAACAGCUGUCUCUCCUCUAUUUACCACCAUUUUAAAUCAGGAGUUGAUCUGUAAGCUCAUCAGCAGCUUUUACAUUUCAAGUAUCUAUAUUACAAAGUCUGUUAAUAUGCAUGUUGUGGUCUCGUGUAUCUCAUGAGUCAUGUUUUGCUGAGUUUUUACCAGACAGCACCAUGAUACAAAUUAGAUUAGAUUAAGCUGUGCCUGCCCCCCCGGUUUGCACCUUCUGCCAUUACAUAGAUUGUACAACUUGUGUGUGUUGAAAGCAAUGAAACAUGUAAAAUGAGAAGAUUGAGCACCUGGGGGUUUCUUGAUAGUGCUUGAAAUGGUAAUCACAAUUUUGCGAUGACUUUGGGAAUAAAUUAGAUUUUAUUUUACUUCUGAAGUUUAAAUCUCCAGAGGACAAUCACUGAACUUUUAUAAUCCUAUAUCCUCUUUUUAUUUUUUCAUUUAUUUAAAAAUAAGAAUUAUACAUAGAAACACAAUCAGUCCAUAAAUAAAUAUGACAGCCAAGUGCUUGUUAAGAAUUUAGAUUGCAUACUCAAAGUUUGUUUCCAUCUCACUCAGAUAUUCUGUCUUUGAUCAGUGGAUUAUUUUUAAUUAUUCUGCAGGCUUAAAGAAGUUAUUACAUACUAUAAUGCAAGAACCAAUAUAGGCAGACACAUAUACAGUUAGUUAACAGUUUAUUUAUUUCCUGUUAUUUUGUGAAAAGGGAGAAUAUGUCCCUAUUCUACAACUGACUUAAAAACAGAAGUGUGUAGGUUAAGAAUAAGACAGCAGUGUUUAUUGUCUGCAGGCCUGAUUUUAAAAAAAAUCUAUUCUUAGGUAUCUAUCUAGCAAAUACAUCCCAUAAGAACAGGCGAACAAAUUUGGCAGAUUAUACAUAUUAGCUGGGCCUUUAAAUAAUAUACUACUGGAAAUAAAUUUAUCAAAUAAUAUAGAAUCACAAUUGAGUUAUUGACACUUACAGGUUAUCGAGAGUCCCAGCAGCUGAGAUCACUCUGAGAUAAGAACUAGUGAAGUUUUCCUCACUGAUCUGAUCCUGCAUGUGUAAUCAUGUAUUUUUUUUAGCACAAUGAACCAGUUUUUAAAUGUCUCCUUGGUUACACAGAAGACAUGAAUGACACAUUGGUUUUAUGCAGCGUUAUAUGUCAACUACAUAGCUUUUAUGCACAGCUUAGAUUUAACAUGCUGCCAGCUCAACAGUGUGACUCAUCCUACUCUUUGCAAUACAAUGAAAGUCCGAUUUGUCAUCAGUGUAGAGUGUACGCAGUGUGAUCAAUGCUCUCCAUGCCUUGUAUGAGCACUUUAUUUAUGCCAGACUCUUGUAGGUGAAAGUGAGAUCCUGGCCAUGUAGGCUGGUCCAGACGGGGGGGACAGGUGGUGCUGGUUGGAGCCUCCUCCAACCCCUACGCACUCCUCCUUUCUCAGUGACUCACCAAGAAAAUGGGGAAACCAAAAGAGAGCACAACAAAGUGGACAAACAACAGAUGAGACACCCACCCCACAUGCAUGAACUCACUCACCUUUAAACCACCAAGCUCAUCCUUAUAUCAUCAAUGCAUUGACCUGCUUUAACGGAGGGAAAGACAUGUAGGUGACUGGUGUAUGGCCUGUAAUUCCAUGCAAUCGGGAAACAAGAUGAUUCUCUAUAACGGUGAUAUUCCUUCCAGUCAUGAUCUUUGUCUCAAAGGCAUAACCGAGUGUUUGUCUGAUGCAAAGCUCUCUCAUUGUUUAUGAUCAUUGAUUCUUGGCUCUCAUACUCUGGGCUUCCAGAUUUCCGUAACCCCUAUAUUCUGCUCUGUCGCACUAAUUCAUUCUGUAUAUUUUAUUAUAAAUUGAACUAUAUUGCUUAA